AUGGGGUCUGACAAUUAUAAAAAAUGUGCUCCGCUGAGAUGCGAAAUUACUACGGACUUACCUGCCUCAAAAGUACAGAAAGAUAGUAAAACAUCUUUACUGGAAGGAAUAAAAAGUAGUUAUGAUACUUUAAGAG